GUGUGGCUGUUAUUGUUAUUAUUUUGUUUGGCAGUUUGUGCAGACAGAACUUGGACAGAGUCCUUGACCAGCUGUUUUGUUUCUUUCUUCUUGUCUCUAGUUUGCCUCACCAUCUGUAAGUCACAUGGCUGCACAGCUGAAGGCCUGUGCUGCCACAAGGAGUGCCUAGGCAACUGUUCGGAACCCGAUGACCCCACCAAGUGUGUGGCCUGCCGCAACUUCUACCUGGAUGGUCGGUGUGUGGAGACCUGCCCACCCCCUUACUACCACUUCCAGGACUGGCGCUGUGUGAACUUCAGCUUCUGUCAAGACAUUCACUACAAAUGCAGGAACUCUCGGAAGCCUGGCUGCCACCAAUACGUCAUUCACAACAACAAGUGCAUCCCUGAGUGUCCUUCUGGCUAUACCAUGAAUUCCAGCAACUUGAUGUGCACCCCAUGUCUGGGACCCUGUCCUAAGGUCUGCCAGAUCCUGGAUGGCGAGAAGACCAUUGACUCUGUGACAUCUGCUCAGGAGCUCCGAGGCUGCACAGUGAUCAAUGGCAGCCUCAUCAUCAACAUCCGAGGGGGCAACAACCUGGCAGCUGAGGUGGAGGCUAUCCUUGGCCUCAUUGAAGAAAUGUCAGGGUUCUUAAAGAUCCGACGUUCCUAUGCUCUAGUAUCUCUUUCUUUCUUCCGGAAGCUUCAUCUGAUUCGAGGAGAGACCUUGGAAAUCGGGAACUACUCUUUCUAUGCCUUGGACAACCAGAACCUCUGACAGCUCUGGGACUGGAACAAACACAACCUUACCAUCACUCAGGGCAAGCUCUUCUUCCACUACAACCCCAAGCUCUGCUUGUCAGAAAUUCACAAGAUGGAAGAAGUUUCUGGAACUAAGGGCCGCCAGGAGAGGAAUGACAUUGCCCUGAAGACCAAUGGGGACCAGGCAUCCUGUGAAAAUGAGUUACUUAAAUUUUCCUUCAUUCGGACAUCUUUUGACAAGAUCUUGCUGAGGUGGGAGCCCUAUUGGCCCCCUGACUUCCGAGACCUCCUGGGAUUCAUGCUCUUCUAUAAAGAGGCCCCUUAUCAGAAUGUGACAGAGUUUGAUGGGCAGGAUGCUUGUGGCUCCAACAGCUGGACUGUGGUAGAUAUUGACCCACCCCAAAGGUCCAACGACCCCAAGUCUCAAACCCCAAGCCACCCUGGGUGGCUAAUGCGGGGUCUCAAGCCCUGGACUCAAUAUGCUAUCUUUGUCAAGACCUUGGUUACCUUCUCUGAUGAACACCGGACCUACGGAGCCAAAAGUGACAUCAUCUAUGUGCAGACAGAUGCCACUAACCCUUCUGUGCCCCUGGACCCCAUAUCAGUUUCUAAUUCCUCAUCUCAGAUUAUCAUAAAGUGGAAGCCCCCCUCCGACCCCAAUGGUAACAUGACGCACUACCUGGUCUACUGGGAGAGGCAGGCGGAGGACAGCGAGCUGUUUGAGUUGGAUUAUUGUCUCAAAGGGCUGAAGCUCCCCUCACGGACCUGGUCCCCACCCUUUGAAUCAGAUGAUUCUCAGAAGCACAAUCAGAGCGAGUAUGACGACUCAGCCAGUGAAUGCUGCUCAUGCCCCAAGACUGACUCUCAGAUCCUCAAGGAGCUGGAGGAGUCCUCAUUCAGGAAGACCUUCGAGGAUUACCUUCAUAACGUGGUGUUUGUCCCCAGAAAACCCUCUUCAGGCAGUGGUGCCGAGGACACUAGGCCAUCCCGAAAACGAAGAUCCCUUGAAGAGGUGGGGGAUGUGAUGGCCACCAUGCCCACACUUGCAGAUUUUCCCAACGUCUCCUCCACCGUUGUUCCCACAAGUCAGGAAGAGCACAGGCCAUUUGAGAAAGUGGUGAACAAGGAGUCACUUGUCAUCUCUGGCCUGAGACACUUCACUGGCUACUGCAUUGAGCUGCAAGCCUGCAACCAAGACUCACCAGAUGAGAGGUGCAGUGUGGCUGCCUAUGUCAGUGCCCGAACCAUGCCUGAAGCUAAGGCAGAUGACAUCGUUGGCCCUGUGACCCAUGAAAUCUUUGAGAACAAUGUUGUACACUUAAUGUGGCAAGAGCCAAAGGAGCCCAAUGGUCUGAUCGUGCUGUAUGAAGUGAGCUACCGGCGCUAUGGUGAUGAGGAGCUGCACCUCUGUGUCUCCCGGAAGCAUUUUGCCCUGGAGCAGGGCUGCAGGCUUCGAGGGCUCUCCCCAGGAAACUACAGUGUUCGAGUCCGGGCUACCUCCCUGGCAGGCAAUGGCUCCUGGACAGAACCCACCUAUUUUUAUGUGACCGAUUAUUUAGAUGUCCCAUCAAAUAUUGCCAAAAUUAUCACCGCGCUCAUCUUUGUCUUCCUCUUCAGUGUUGUGAUUGGAAGUAUUUAUCUGUUCCUGAGAAAGAGGCAGCCAGAUAGUCCAAUGGGACCGUUGUAUGCAUCUUCAAACCCUGAGUACCUCAGUGCCAGUGAUGUGUUUCCUUCUUCUGUGUACCUGCCGGAUGAGUGGGAGGUGCCUUGAGAGAAGAUCACCCUCCUACGAGAGCUGGGGCAGGGAUCCUUUGGUAUGGUGUAUGAGGGCAAUGCCAAGGAUAUCAUCAAGGGCGAGGCAGAGACCCGAGUUGCGGUGAAGACUGUCAAUGAGUCAGCCGGUCUCCGAGAAUGGAUCGAGUUCCUCAACGAGGCAUCAGUCAUGAAGGGAUUCACCUGCCAUCAUGUGGUCCGCCUCCUUGGGGUGGUGUCCAAGGGCCAGCCAACACUGGUAGUGAUGGAAUUGAUGGCUCAUGGAGACUUGAAGAGUCACCUCCGUUCUCUGCGACCAGAUGCUGAGAAUAACCCAGGCCGACCUCCCCCUACCUUGCAAGAAAUGAUUCAGAUGACAGCAGAAAUUGCUGAUGGCAUGGCAUACUUGAAUGCCAAGAAGUUUGUGCAUCGGGACCUGGUAGCUCGAAACUGCCUGGUUGCUCACGAUUUUACCGUCAAAAUUGGAGACUUUGGAAUGACAAGGGAUAUCUACGAGACAGAUUACUAUCAGAAAGGGGGCAAGGGCCUGCUGCCCGUGCGGUGGAUGUCACCUGAGUCCCUGAAGGAUGGAGUGUUUACUGCUUCUUCUGAUAUGUGGUCUUUUGGGGUGGUCCUUUGGGAAAUCACCAGUCUGGCUGAGCAACCUUACCAAGGCCUGUCUAAUGAACAGGUGUUGAAAUUUGUCAUGGAUGGAGGCUAUCUGGAUCCACCUGAUAAUUGUCCUGAGAGACUCACGGACCUGAUGCGCAUGUGCUGGCACUUCAACCCCAAGAUGAGGCCAACCUUCCUGGAAAUUGUCAAUUUGCUCAAGGAUGACCUCCACCCGAGCUUUCCAGAAGUUUCCUUCUUCUACAGCGAAGAGAACAAGGCUUCUGAGAGCGAGGAGCUAGAGAUGGAGUUCGAGGACAUGGAGAAUGUCCCCUUGGAUGGGUCCUCUCACUGUUACAGGGAAGAGGCUGGGGGCCGGAAAGGAGGGUCCUCUCUGAGCAUUAAACGGACCUAUGAGGAACACAUCCCGUACACCCACAUGAAUGGGGGCAAGAAGAAUGGGCGCGUCCUCACCUUGCCCAGGUCCAACCCUUCCUAACAGCGCCUGCUCAGGGAAGGAUUCUUUCUUUUUUAGAGCUCUUCUCUAGUUUGACCGCCUCCAGGAAACUCAGGAUUAUCAGGACUCCAUCCAGAUGUGAAACUGAGCUCAGAGAUAGUUCAUACGCGUUUCUGUUUGUCUUUUGACCUAAGUAUACACACGUGUGAUUGCCAACCCCCGCAAGCCUGUGGAGGGCUAACUGUGA